GCCAUUUGAAACUAGGGUUUUUAAUCUCCACCGAAUUGCAUUAGCUUUUUCCUGUUUCGAAUUCCAUUGCCUCCGAUCUCCAAUUCUCCGACUUUCUCCUUGCAUUCACUUCAAAUUUCUCAAAAAUCUCCUACACGAUUUCUCAGAAACCCUUGGUUUCUGGAAGAUCUCAGAAAAUGGCGGGACAAUCUGAUCCUCAUUUAUCGAUUUUCUCCGCACCAGAGGUGGAGUUUCUUGCGGAAGACGAAAUGGCAGAAAUCGUUCCGAACAUACGAAUGGAUGCUCUCCAUAUGAUCUGUGGUGAUUUUGGUCCUUUCUUUCCACAAAUAGCUACCAAAGUACCACUGUGGCUUGCAGUAGCUUUGAAGAAACGGGGUAAAUGCACGAUUCAGCCACCCGAAUGGAUGUCAGUUGAGAGGUUGACACAGGUCUUGGAAGCAGAGCGAGAGUCCCCUAGAGAAUUUCAGCCACUACCAUUCCAUUAUGUGGAAAUUUCAAGGCUUCUAUUCGAUCAUGCUCGAGACGACAUCCCAGAAAUUUAUAUGGUGAGAUCUCUGAUCGAGGACAUCAGAGAUGUAAGGUUUCAUAAAGUUGAGACUGGCUUAGAGACAAUUUCUGCUCGCACUCAUGCAGUGAAGCUAAAAAAUCUCUCUGCAAUGGAAGUAAAUAUAGUGCGGCCAUUCAUUGUGAGAGCUUUACAGGCUUUCUACAAGCAUGAUAGCCCAGAGAUGAUCCAUCAACCAGAUGCAAUGGGCAGCAAGCGGCCACAAGUAGCAGAUCGUGGUCCACGAAGAGAUCUGCGGCCUCGGUAGAUGCCUGAAGCUGGUCCAACACGGGUUUUGUUGCGUUGGCUUGUUUCUUUUUGCUGUAAUCACAUCUUCACCAGCAGCAAUAAUUUCCAAAGGUUGGUAUGAGAAGGUUAAUGUUUCUUUAUCUCUAACCCCUUAACAGGUUCGUGCUUUCUUGACAGUUAAGAUAGCUAGAGACAUGUUGUUUAUCUCUUAUGAGUUGUACAAUUUGUAGAGAAAAGUUGGGUUGUUCUGUAAACAUGAACUCCCAACAGAUGCAUGCGGUAUUCAUUUUUGUGCAUGAAAAGAAGAACAAUCCAAUAUUAACUC